AUGGCAGAGGUUGUUCCUAUCCCAGAGCCACCGGCUCUACCACUGCUGGGUCACGUUGGCACAGUUGACCAAGAGUUUCCACUUGGCUCGUUCAUGAGCCUUGCAGACAAAUACGGCGAGAUAUACCGUCUUCAGUUUCCAGGAUCAAAACUCAUAGUCGUGUCGACGCAUGCUCUGGUCGACGAGCUGUGCGAUGAGAAGCGAUUCAAAAAGAUACCCGGCAGCGUUCUGAAACAGAUCAGAAAUGGUGUCAAUGAUGGCCUCUUUACUGCAAAGCUCGAGGAGCCCAACUGGGGCAUUGCGCACCGAGUUCUCAUGCCGGCCUUUGGUCCCUUGAGCAUUCGCGGCAUGUUUGACGAAAUGCACGACAUUGCUAUUCAGCUGACCAUGAAAUGGGCUCGCUACGGCCCGUCAACGCCGCUCCUGGUUACCGAUGAUUUCACAAGGUUGACGCUGGAUACCCUAGCGUUGUGCGCCAUGGGUUUCCGUUUCAACAGCUUUUACACCAACCAGCUCCACCCAUUUAUUGACGCCAUGGGUGACUUUCUUGCCGAAGCUGGCACGAGAACACGGCGGCCCCCUCUGCCGGCCUGGUUCUACAAGAAUCAGGAGGCCAAGUUCUUCUCCGAUAUCGAAGUUCUCCGCAAGACCGCCUUUGAGGUGCUUGAGGAGAGAAAGGCUGGCGAGAGCGACCGAAAAGACUUGCUUGCUGCCAUGCUCAAAGGAGCGGAUCCGCGGUCAGGAGUCCACAUGACUGACCAGUCCAUUGUCGAUAACCUGAUCACCUUUCUCAUUGCCGGCCAUGAAACGACUUCGGGACUAUUGUCAUUUGCUUUUUACGAGUUGUUGAGAAACCCAGAUGAAUAUCGCAAAGCCCAACAAGAGGUUGACAGCGUUAUUGGAAAGGGCCCAAUCAAGGUUGAACACAUGUCAAAAUUGCCCUAUAUCUCUGCUAUUUUGCGCGAGACUCUGCGAAUACAGUCACCCAUCACAAUGAUUGUGGUGAGCCCAACCGAGGACACACUUCUUGGAGGAAAGUAUGCAGUGUCAAAGGAUGAUCAAAUUGCAAUGAUGAUCAAAAAGUCGCAUCUGGAUCCAAAGGUUUACGGAGAAGAUGCAGCCGAGUUCAAGCCUGAGCGCAUGCUCGAUGGAAAGUUUGAGAAGCUUCCAAAGAACGCCUGGAAGCCCUUUGGCAACGGUGUUCGAGGCUGCAUCGGCCGUCCUUUUGCCUGGCAGGAGGCUCUAUUGGUGAUGGCCAUGCUCCUCCAGAACUUUAACUUUGUCAUGGACGACCCAAGUUACAACAUUGCAUACAAGCAGACCUUGACUAUCAAGCCACUGGGAUUCCACAUGCGAGCCAGUUUGCGCGAUGGCCUGACACCCACAACGCUGGAAAGGAGAUUGGCCGGGCAUGGGCCCGAUGAGACUCAGGCUGCAGAGGCCAAGGCUGCAGCAGCUGUCCAGGGUGCUGGUCAAGGCAAGCCCAUGACAGUCUUGUAUGGCUCCAACAGUGGUACAUGCGAGGCAAUGGCCCAUCGAAUUGCUGCCGACGCCUCCCAGCAUGGUUUCACAGCAACCACCCUCGAUUGCAUGGACACUGCAGCAAAUGGAAAUCUCCCCACAGACCAGCCAGUCAUUAUCGUCACCGCUUCAUACGAGGGUCAAGCUCCAGACAAUGCACGACACCUGGUCUCGUACCUCGAGAGCAUCGAAGACAAGUCGACACUAAAGGGCGUCUCGUAUGCCGUGUUCGGAUGCGGUCACCGCGACUGGGCAUCGACCUUUUAUCGUAUUCCAAACCUGGUCGACGAAAAGAUAACCGAGAAUGGUGGACGUCGAUUGGCAAGCAUGGGCACUGCUGACGCUGGUGAAGGUGACAUGUUUGUCGCAUUCGAGACCUGGGAAGACAAUGUCCUAUGGCCAGCGCUGACCAAGGAAUACGGUACAACGACUGACCAAGAGUCUGGCAAGCAAGGCCUCUCACUCAAGGUUUCAGUGUCGACCCCUCGCACUUCAGCCCUGCGUGCCGAUGUAGAAGAGGCCGAGGUUGUCUCGACCCGCUUGUUGACUGCAGAGGGCGAGCCAUUGAAGAAGCAUAUCGAGAUUAAGCUUCCGUCCGAAACUUCAUACCGGGCAGGAGAUUACCUGGCUGUGCUGCCCAUCAACCCGAGGGAGACUGUGGCACGUGUCAUGAGAAAGUUUGAGCUUCCGUGGGACUCGCACCUCACUAUCGAGACAGGCGGUCAUGUUCCUCUGCCGACCAAUGCAUCACUCCCAGCGAGCACCAUAUUUGGUGCCUACGUCGAGUUGGCGCAGCCUGCUACCAAGAGGAACAUUCUUGCUCUCUCGGAAGCAACCAAUGAUGAAAACGACAAGUCUGCAUUGAAGAAACUUGCUACAGAGUCAUUUGAAGAGGCUGUUUCUGAUAAAAAGGUGUCCAUCUUGGACCUCCUGGAGCAGUACCCGUCUGUCAAGCUACCACUGGGUUCAUUCCUUGCUUGCUUGCCGCCCAUGAGAGUUAGGCAAUACUCCAUUUCCUCGUCACCACUUUGGAACUCGCGCAACGUGACCCUCACAUUUUCCCUGCUUGAGGAGCCCUCCAAAUCAGGCCAAGGCAAACACGUCGGCGUCGCCACAUCAUACCUCAACAGCCUCCAGCCCGGCGACAAACUUCACGUGUCAGUCAGGCCAUCGCACUCGUCGUUUCACCUUCCUCAAGAUCCCGAAAAGACUCCCGUGAUCUGCGUGGCAGCCGGCACGGGCUUGGCUCCAUUCAGAGGCUUCAUUCAGGAGCGCGCAGCUCUCAUCGAGGCUGGGCGCAAGGUGGCACCCUUGACGCUGUACUUUGGGUGCAGAGAACCGGGUCGCGAUGACCUGUACCCCGAGGAGCUUUCGCAGUGGGAAAAGAUUGGCGCGGUCACGGUCAAGUAUGCCUUCUCUCGCACCCCAGAUAAGAGCAAUGGGCACAAGUAUGUCCAAGAUGCCAUGUGGGACGACAGGAAAGAUAUUGCCGAAAUGUGGAGGAACAAUGCCAAACUAUUCGUGUGUGGGUCUAGAAAGGUUGGCGCUGCGGUCGAGGAGGUUGCCAUCAAGCUGCGCGUCAGAGGUUGGGAGCUGGAUGGAGUCGAGGCAUCUGAAGAAGAGGCUCGAAAGUGGUGGAUUGAGCUGAGAAACGAACGAUAUGCAACAGAUGUGUUCGAUUAA